UGAAUGGCCACACCCUGUGCAUCUAUCUGAGGGCUCCGUGAUUUCCUCCAUCUACACAUCAGGGACUGGAAGAAGGAGACAUCAUGACCCCCACCGUCAUGGCCCUGCUCUGCCUCGGACUGAAUGUGGGGCCGAGGACCCGAGUGCAGGCAGGAACCCUUCCCAAACCUACCGCCUGGGCUGAGCCAGGCUCUGUGAUCCCCUGGGGGAGCUCUGUGACCAUCUGGUGUCAGGGGGCCCUGGGGGCCAAGGAGUUCCGCCUGGAUAGAAAGGGAAUCCUAGGAUCCUGGGACAGAAGGAAGCCACUGGAGCCCGGGAACAAGGCCAAGUUCUCCAUCCCACACAUGACAGAGCGCACUGCAGGGGGAUAUUUCUGUUACUAUCUCAGCCCUGCUGGCUGGUCAGAGAGCAGUGACCCCCUGGAGCUGGUGGUGACAGCCUCCCACCCCCAGGACUACACAGUGGGGAAUCUGAUCCGGAUGGGCUUGGCUGGCGUGAUCCUGGUGGUCCUCGGGGUACUGCUGUUUCAGGCUCCACAUGGCCCAUUAAAGACCCACAUGCAGCCAGGAGGUGUCCCCAGGAAGGAACAAUGCACUGUUCACAGUGGUGGAUCCUUGGAACUCAUCUGGGUGCUCCCCAAGCCCUCCAUCUGGGCUGACCCAGGCCCCGUGGUCCCCAAGGGGAGCCGUGUGAUCAUCUGGUGUCAGGGUUCCCUGCAGGCUGAGGUCUACCGUCUGUAUAAAGAGCCUGGUUCUCAAGUCUUGGAUACAGAGACCCCACAGGACUCCAGCAACAAGACUGGUUUCCUUAUUGAACCCAUGAGCUCAACCACUGCAGGACGGUACCAGUGUGCAUAUUACACCAGAAGGAACAGCUGGUCAGAGCGGAGUGACCCUCUGUCCCUGGUGGUGACAGGCAUGUACGAUGCACCCUCCCUCUCAGCCCAGCCAAGCCCUGUGGUGGCCUCAGGAGAGAAGGUGUCCUUCUCAUGUAGCUCACACUUCACAGGGGGCGCUUUCCACCUGCUGAAGGACAGAGGAGCAGACCAGCCCAUACACAUGGAUUCAAGGAUCAAUUAUGGGAGGUGGCCGGCCCAGGCCCAGGCCCUCUUCCCUGUGGGCCCCGUGAAUACCUCCCACGGGGGGACCUACAGAUGCUAUGGUUCCUCCAGCUCCAAUCCCAAUGUGUGGUCACAUCCCAGUAAACCUCUGCCUCUCAAGGUCACAGGCGUGUGUAGGAAGCCCACCCUCUCGGCCCAGCCAGGCCCAUUCGUGCUGCCUGGAGACAACUUGACGCUCCAGUGUCACUCAGAGGCCGGCUUUGACAGAUUCGCUCUGACCAAGGACGUGGGGCUCACACCCACCCAGGGCCUUGAUGGGCAGCACAGCCCCGACUUCCCCCUGGGCCGUGUGACCCGUGUCCACGGGGGCCGGUACAGAUGCUACACUGGACACAACCUGUCGUAUGCAUGGUCGGCCCCCAGCGCCCCCCUGGACAUCCUGAUCACAGGCAUGUACGAGAAACCCUCCCUCUCGGCCCAGCCAGGACCCUCAGUGUCCCGGGGAGAGAAUGUGACCCUGCAGUGUCGCUCUGAGACCUCGUUAGAUAACUUCCACCUGCACAAGGUGGGGUCGCCGGCUCCUCCCCGGCACCUGCGUCUGGGGGACACGGCUGCACCCUCUCAGGCCAACUUCCGCAUCAGUCCUGUGACCUCAGCCCACGGGGGCACUUACAGGUGCUACAGUUCACGCGGCACCUCCCCCUACCUGCUGUCACACGCCAGUGACCCCCUGCAGCUUGUGGUCUCAGGAGCAGCUGAUAUCCUGGAGCCCUCAAAAAACAAUUCAGGUACCAAGACCGCCUCAGACACCCAAGAAUACACAAUGGGGAAUGUCACCCGGAUGGGUGUGGCGGGCUUGAUCCUGGUGGUCCUUGGAAUGCUGCUGUUUGAAGCGUGGCACAGUCAGAGAAGGACCCACAGUGCAGCCAGGACGGGAACACAGAGACACCCCACCAUCAAGGUAGAACCUUAGAAAUGAAUCUGAUGAUCCAACAGGUUCUGGAAAGAAAUCUGGGAAUUACAUGGGGGAGCUGUCUACUAAGAAUAUCAAAGGUAUAGCCAUGCUUCACGUGCAAGAAAAGGCUAUAGAGGCUUUUCAAUAAUUAAAAAGUGUUAAGUUCACUUCACACCACUAUUGAUUUUCCUUGAUUGGACCUUUCUCUUUCCUCAACCCUAUGUUGUGAGUCUACAAAUCACAUCAUCGGUUUGGAUCCACACCUGUACUCACCUUCAAUCUCUGGCCCACCUUCCCUGAUGUGUGCAUCUCUUCAGCUCAGAACACAGAACCUGUUUCCUAACUGAAUAAAUGGUUGAAUAUCAAGUGCAAUUUCCAACAAAUAAAUCCAAAAUCAUUCUGGACCCACCGAGCACUUGCCUCUAUCAGAUGAUACCUGGUAUAGUUUCUCCAGAAAUGAAUGAGCACACUGGUGUUUCCCAUGACUGUCGGG